GAAACACACGUGUUUUCCUGUGUUCGUUAUAGUAUUUAUAUCUUCUGGUUAAUUAUUAGCAGUCUUUUUGCGUUUAAAUUUUCUUAGAUGUAGUUUGUAUUGUUUUACCUUUGCUUUGAAUUCAUUUUCAACAUAGGAAAUGGCCAAUAAACCCGAGUAUUUAGUUGUUGAUACAACUGCUUUCAUUCGGAAUGCUCCACUACAGGAGAUGGGACAGAACAUUGUUACAAUACAAGAAGUGGUGAAUGAAAUUACAUCAAAGAGGCAGCUCAGAAGAUUGGUGGUCAUACCAUAUGAUUUGAAGAUAAUGAAUGUGUUCCCUGAGAGCGUUUCUUUCAUUACAGAGUUUUCAAAGAAGACGGGAGAUUACAUGUCUUUGUCGGCCACGGACAUCAAGUUGAUGGCGCUCACUUAUCAGUUGGAAAAAGAGCAUGUCGGUGUUGACCACUUGAAAACAGCUCCGGUCACAAAUAGGAUUGUCACUUUUGACCGGCCUAAACUGUCGGCUCCUGAUCCAGCCGGCUUUUACAAGGGAACAGUGAAAGAAUCAUCAGCAGACAAUGAGGUGAAUGAAGAUGACAGUUCAACUCUUAUAAAGGAAGGUGAUGAAAGAACAGAAAUAGAAAUAGUUGAUUUUGAGAAGCCAGAAAACCAGGUUGAAAAUGUUGACAGUGGAUCAACUGAAGAAUCAUCAAACCUACAAGAAAGUAAUGAUGCCAUUUGUGAAGAAAGUGAUUCUGAUGGUAGUGGGGAUGAUGAGAAGUCUCUUGUUGAAGACCUUUCAAAACUCAAUGUUACCGAUGUACUGUCACCCGUGUCAGAUGAGGAAUAUAAAGACGAAGAGGGGAGUGAAGAUGAAGAUGAUGACGAAUCAGAUUGGAUAACUCCGGAAAAUUUACAUCAAGCUAAAAUGCAAAUGGACUUUGGACUGACAGAAGACAAAGCAGUGACAGUGGCUUGUAUAACUACUGACUUUGCAAUGCAGAAUGUGCUGAAGCAGAUUGGCCUGAAUGUUGUUGGGUUGGACGGUCGUGUAAUAAAACAUCUGCGGACGUUCAUUUUCCGAUGUUAUGCGUGCUUCAAGACUACGAGCAAUAUGACCAAGGUGUUUUGCCCCAAAUGUGGCAAUAAAACCCUCAAAAAAGUGUCCGUUUCGGUAGAUGAAAACGGGCAACAAGUCAUCCACAUAAACCCUCGCAAGCGUUUGACUGCCAGAGGGAAAAAGUUUUCACUUCCGAGGCCCCAGGGUGGUAAACAUUCCAACAACCCGAUUCUGUGUGAGGAUCAGCCGAUGCCGGAUCAGCGUCCCUCUCGGCUAGCCAGGACCAAGACCAAUCCUCUAGACGAUGACUACAUCGCAGGAUUCUCCCCAUUUGUCAUGAGGGAUGUGAAUUCUCGAUCAGCCAUGCUUGGGAUCCAAGGGAAACACACUCAAGUUAAAUAUUGGAUGAGGAAGAAUCCAAAUGAGGUGGUAAAACAUGGAAGGAGGAAGAAGAAGUAAAACAUUUAUAAAGAACAGAGGAUUUAUGUUUUUUUUAUGUACAUAGCGUUUAAUCAGUUAAAAGAAAUUACAAAUGUUUCUUAAG